AAUUCAAAGUCAUAGCUCAUGCUAAAGACCAAGACAAACACAGUCAUGGUCUUCAAAGACACCCCCCCUACCUUCCUAUUUCCUACAUAUAUCUCAAACACAUCCUCAUCCCUCAACAAACUCUCUCAAGCGUAUCUUCAACCUACAAUCUACAAACUACCUUCAAAAAACAAAACACUUGCUACAUCUCUUCCGACAAUGUCAGUAUCAUCAAUCUCAACAAUCCACCGCAUCCCUCUCCCUACCACCAAUAACACACUACUCUCCGGUCACCGGACCACAAAGGCGACAACCACCGAACCUCCAUCGCUCGCCGGAAAACGCCCAAGCUUGACCAUCAACCGCCCCUCAACCCUAACAAACCUCCUACACCUCUCAACCGACAAACACAACAACAACAUCCAUAUCAACACUCUCCCUACUCCAACCCCCACCACAAAAAUAACCACCCCUACUCUCUCUCCUAGAGAAGACAUCUCCUCCCUCUACCCUCAAAUCCAUGGCGACGCUGACUGGUCCUCCCUCCUCGAUCCCCUCCACCCCUGGCUCCGCCGUGAGAUCCUCAAGUACGGCGAAUUCUCGCAAGCAACCUACGACUCCUUUGACUUCGACCCUUUUUCCGAGUACUGCGGAAGUUGCCUGUACAACAAGCACAACCUCUUCAAGAAACUCAACCUCGCCCACAAUCGAUACAACGUAACUAAACACGUAUACGCAAUGUCACACAUAGAACUCCCUCGAUGGCUAGAACGGUCAAUUCACGCCGACACAUGGAGCAAGGACUCGAAUUGGAUGGGAUACGUCGCCGUGAGCAACGAUGAGGAGUCAAGGCGUAUAGGGUGUCGUGAUAUCGCCAUCGCUUGGCGAGGGACGAUAGCCCCUGCCGAGUGGUUCGAGGAUCUGCAAGGGAGGCUCGAGGCAAUCGGAGACGGUCACGGCGAUGUUAGGGUUGAACAUGGUUUUCUUAGUAUCUACACUUCAAAAAGUGAGGCCUCGAGGUACAAUAAGACCAGCGCAUCGGAGCAAGUGAUGGAAGAGGUUAAGAACUUGGUCAAAUUUUACAGAGAGAAGGGUGAAAAGGUCUCUUUGACGGUCACAGGACAUAGUCUGGGAGGAGCUCUGGCUCUUCUCAAUGCGUAUGAGGCUGCAUCAUCAAUCCCUGAGCUUCCAGUGACUGUAAUUUCUUUUGGAGCCCCGCGGGUAGGCAACGUGGCGUUCAGCGAUAGGUUGAAGGAUUUGAAAGUGAAGACAUUGAGAGUUGUAGUGAAACAAGACAUGGUGCCUAAACUGCCAGGAAUUCUAUUCAAUGAAGGUUUGAAGAAACUCCAUCUAGAAUGGGUUUAUACCCAUGUUGGGUUGGAGUUGGGUCUAGAUGUGAAAUCUUCGCCUUAUUUGAGGCGCGGAUUACAUUUGGCUGGGUUUCAUAACUUGGAGACUUACUUGCAUUUGGUUGAUGGAUUCCUGAGCAGAGAUUCAGAGUUUCGGAAAACCGCGAAAAGGGAUGUGGCACUGGUGAAUAAAGCCUCAGGGAUGCUGAAGGAAGAACUUGGGAUUCCAGCGUGCUGGAAUCAGAGUGCGAAUAAGGGUUUGGUAUGUAAUGCUUAUGGGAGAUGGGUUCAGCCGCAGAGAGAGCCUGAGGAUAUACCUUCGCCUCUUCGACAUGAGCCGAGAACUUUACAGAGUAUAUGAAUUCUGUGUAUAUACAAAGUUAAUACUAAUACAAAUUAUCCUUUCUGUGUAUAUCCAAAAUGAAAAAAAAAAGAUAGAGAAGCUAAAGAAAUGGAUG